UCCGUGUGGUAAUUUGUAGCAGUCACGAUGAACUGUCAUCAAAUAUUAAGUGGUGCCUGUAAUGCAGGAGAUCGAUGUUUUGCUGUUGGUUCUGUCGAAGGAAUCCCAUUCACGGCAUAUGCAGCAGGUUGUAACAUUGUUAUUUUGGCCAGCACUUUUGAACGUGUCCAAAUUAUUCCUGGAGCUGUUCACAAUUAUAUUCGAAUAUCAUCUCUCGACUGUAGCACAGACACUGGCAAAAUAGCAGCAGCCUAUGAAGAUCAAGUGUGCAUUUUUGAGCCAACGCCAUUAAUACACAGUGAUAGUUCACAUGGAUUAGAGUAUCGUUGGGUUCAGACGGGACGCUUACAGGCAGAUUCCCACAUUGCUGCUUUAUCAUGGAAUUUAGAAGGAACUCGUCUCUUAACUGGAGGAGCAGUACUUCAAAUGUGGCAUCAAAAAUUGGUACCACUAGAUCACGAUCUUGCAGAACCUUCUCAAGGUGUGACAUUCCAAAUUGGAGGUGACAGAGAUAGUAAAGUUUUACCUGAACCAGAGGAAGGAAAAGAUGAUCAGGGGUGGGACUGCGUUUGGAAAUGCAAAACUGCUACUCCUGUGUAUCAUAUGGAGUUUAGCCCUGAUGGUACACUAUUUGCAACAUCUGGUAAAAAUGAUAGACUUGUCAAGAUUUGGUAUGAAAAUAAACAUUUAUUGUUUCCGUCAAAGAGCAUGGACAAUAAUCCAUAUGCAAGUCAUAAUCAGGAACAAAAUUAUGGCUUUGUCUAUAUAGCUCAUCCAAGAGCAUUAACACAUCUCUCUUGGCGUAAAACAAGCAAAUAUAUGCCAAAAGGUUCAGUAUCAAAUAUGCUGGUAACUUCUUGUCUGGAUAAUAUCUGUCGAAUUUGGGUGGAAACUGUUUUACCUGAUGAUGGUUUAGUUAAUAUGAAUCAGUUUGAUCCAUUGGCUUCACAGAAUCCUAAAUUUAGAACUCACAGACAUAAGCAUCGGUUUAUGCAGAGAUUGAAACAUAUGAAAACGUGUUUUCAUAUAAGAAGGCAUGCCAAACAUCAUGGUAAUUUACCCAAUGGCGGUUUAGGUGGGCAAUCGCCUAUACCAACUUUACCCUCGACAUAUAGUGUGCAUGAUUUUCAUUCAUAUGGAUAUCAUGGAACUGGCGUUACACCAGGAUUACAUUUUCAUCUUGCUGCAUCUAUUAAUGCAGAAACUGAUAUUCCUUUAGUUCCAUCGAUGAAAUCUUCUCAUCCUUCACAACAAGAUCCCUCAUUCAUACUUCAUUGGUUAAAUAAUAAAGAAAUGCAUUUCAGUUUGCAAGCUGAAGCAAUUUUACAGGAACUCACUAGAAAAGUUGUCGAAAAGGAAGAAGCAGCAGCUAAUAUCACACAUGUACAAAAUCCAAGUAUUGUGGAACCAAAUGAUGAAGAAAGUAAAAAAAUGGGUCGUGUGAAUAAAUCAUAUUCGCAAGAUGAAAGCGGUAGUGAUGAGCAUGUCAUGAGCAACAUCAACAAAACACAUGAUCCCUCUUUAUCAAACACAACAUCCAUCAAUUCUUUUGCAACUGACGUAACUGGAGGAGGUGGUGGCAUAGGAAUGCAUAUUACUGACUCGCUUGAUAUGAAAAUAGAUUGCUUAUUGCGAGAUUGGCAUCAUAGUCCCGACCUACUCUUUUCUGUACAUCCAAUUGAUGGCAGUUUUCUUAUAUGGGUUGUGGAAUGGUUGGAUGAAUAUCAUCCUGGCUCAUUUCGCCAAGCCCAAGUAUCCUUCAGUACUAGAAUUCCUGGAGCUUUUCCUCUUGGCGAUGCUAUGAGUAUGGCUACUACUUUGUCUUUAUACAAUACAACAGGAUCACAUCAAUUCAGAGAUAUGGUGCGAGCAGCAAAACCAACUUCACAAAAGACGGGUGUUGAGGUCGGUAUAGAAGCAUCAGCCAGUCCACUUCCUAGUGUUGUGGAAGAGGAUCAGACUGCACCGGAAUGGCCAAAAAAUGCAGAUGACCAACAUGAGAAACCAUCUACUGAUCCACCAAGUCCUGCACCAUCAGGCGAAAAUCAUACACCGCAUUCUGCAAGUAUGAUACUUAAUUCAACU